UAAUCCUGUGAGCUUUUAGAACACUCUCUGUGAGCUUUUAUCUCCUUCCCAUGGCGUCUUCGGCCGCUUCUCCUUCCUUAUCUCUACUCUCAUUCACCACAAAACCACCGUCUCCCUCCGCCACGCAGCGGCAAUUCGCGUCAUUCAGAAACGACGGUUGUUUCGCGCCUCUAACACUCAAAUCCCGCCGCGGACGUGGUAUCAUCGUUAAAGUAGACGACGUCGACGGCGAUGGAGGUGGACAGGACGAGUACGAUAUGGAUGACGAGGAAGUGGAGGAAGUUGACAACAAGAAGGACUAUGACGUAGAGUACGACCCCUUGGCCGCCGCGAUAGCUGCUUCAGGCGGUGGUGGUGACGGAGAUAUCGCUUUUGUGCAGAGCAAGAGCUUUAUAUCGACCCAAGGAUGGGACUCGGAUAUGGUGGUGGAUUACAGGAUAAACGAAGACGAGUUCCAUAAAAUCAGCUUGAUGGAUUGUGAUUUCUUUAUCAGAAAACCGCCUGAUCCAGAUAACGAUGUUUAUGAUUUCAGGGAGAUGUAUGUUACUCCUCCGGAUACAGAUAUUUACUCAAUUCCGAGAGUUCUUGCUCCAAUGCCUCAAAAGUAUAUUCGAUGUGCAAUGAGUGACUAUGGAUGUUACAAUGUCACGGAACCACCUAUUGAUGCUCCCCGAGAUCCACUGUACAAAUCUGAGAGGGAGAUAUCCAAGGUUUUCUUGACAAAGCAUUACCGGAACAGAAGAACAAACGACCAAGAAUUUGUGCUAGAUCUUGAAGAGAUCUAUGUUAUUGAUUCCAUGACAAAGUCAAUCACCAGAGCUAGAGUUCUGGUGACAGUUCCGGGAGGAAGAAAAAGAGAUAGGAAGGAUGACUUGCUCGUGAUACGCGAUAAUGGAACUUCCUUUAAAAUCAUACAUGCGGGGGAAAGAGAUGAUCCGACAACGGUAAUAGAAAGGGAAGAGUGGACCAAGACCCGAGAAGACAUGGAGAAACAUCUCAGGAAGCUACGAGACUUCAGUGUCUCGAAUUGGUUCUAAAAACCCCGAAGAGACAAUGAUACAAAAAAUCUCCCCGGGAUGGAAUAUGAGAGCAGGUGAUGUUAAUGGAUGAUACGGUGAAAGGUCGAAGAUGUGUUGUUCCAUAGUAGACAAAUUUUUUGACCUCAGGGUACUUCACUAGCAGCAGUGUUGAAUGCGUUAUUAGAUGAUAUGGGUUUGGGCUCUAGAAAGUGUGUGUAGAUGCAAGUUGGAUGGAGUAUAUUAUAACAUUCGAUGACUAGAGAAGCUAGCUUAUUUUGCAAACUUUUAGGUAUUUAAUUCAAGUUUUCAAUUGAUUAAUGAUGAUGGCUUUGGUAUUAUUCUUGUGA